AUGGAUAUUGAGAUUUCUACCCUCCUUGAGAAUGAUACAUGGGAAUUAGUUCCUCCUCCUGAUGCAUCAGCCAUAGGAAGUCUUUGGAUUUAUUCAGUGAAGUUCAAGUCUGAUGGUAAUCUUGACAGAUACAAGGCUAGAUUGGUUGCUUACGGUUACAAGCAGGAGUACAAAAUUGACUACGAGGAGAUUGGGAGACAUUUACCCAUAGAUGAUCAGGAUGGUAUUCGUCACCUAAAGAAGCUUCUCAGUCAAUCAUUCAAGAUGAAGAGUCUAGAUUCCAAGUUAGUUGAUAAUCCUCUGGAGAUAAAUCUAAAGCUUAUUAAAGAUGACAGUCUACUUUUGGAACAUGCUACUCUCUAUCGUCAACUUGUACAAAUAUGGGUCAGCAAUAAGAUAAAUAAAGAAGAGCGUUCAUGUGUGGGAAAGUGGGAUAUCCAAUCCUUGAUCUCAUCAUCCUCAGAAUUUUAUGGGCCAGAAAAAUCAGGCAGUGAGAAUGAUGUUCCAAGGCAUGUCAAGUUUACCUUCAAGAAUCAAAUUCGGUGCCGUAUCAUUUGGAUAACACUACGUAUUAGGCGGCCGGGUUCAAGUUCUAUUCAUUUAGACCAAGAAUUCGAUCUUUUUUCUCUAGAUGAAAAUCCUUUUGAACAUAGCCGUCGUGCCUCUUUUGGAGGUACAGUUCAAAGUGAACCAUGCAUUCAUGCCAAAAGGUUUUUAGUAGCUGGGAGCCAUGUAAGGAAUGAUCUAGGGCUUGCAUCACAAAGAUCUGACAACAUAAACUUGAAAUCCUGGUUAGAGAGAGCUCCACAGUUAAGUCGAUUCAAGGUUCCAGUUGAGGCUGAAAGAUUAUUCGACAAUGAUUUAGUCUUGGAACAGUAUCUAUCACCUGCUUCACCUCCACUGGCGGGGUUCCGUCUGGAUGCUUUCACUGUGAUAAAGCCUCGUAUUACCCAUUCACCUUCUUCUUUGGAAGUGGGUAUCUGGGAUAAUUCCUUAACAUGUUUAGAAGACAGGCACAUAUUUCCUGCAGUACUAUUUAUUCAUGUAUCUGCUCUCCAGGUAGUUAGAAGUGAAUCUCUCUCAUCUACAUUAUUGUUGCAUUAUCUACAUUAACAUGAUAUUAUAACUUUUGCCCAAUAUUGUCAGACUCAGAUUGGACUGCAAAUUUGAACUGUGUCCCAGUAGGCAUUCCAUAUGUUAAUAACCCCAACUUUCAUACUUUUCUAACACCUAGUUAGCUUAGAUUGCAUCAGGAUGUUAUUGGCAAACCAGUCAAAUUUAAGAA